GACAGCACUGAAGCACAACUAGACGCCAGCCGCCGCUUCCAGCACUGCACAGCAACGAUGAGCGCCGUCGAGGCCAAGACCAUCGGCGAGAGCGCCGAGCAGGCCGAGGUCGACCUCACGCUCGACAACAUUAGUAUAGUACCCGACUCGCUGUGCAUGGCCUGCGGCGGGAGUGGCGAGACGCGCAUCAUGCUCACGAAGAUCCCCUUAUUUCGCGAAGUGUUAUUGUCGAGCUUCGCGUGUCCCCACUGCGGCGAGCGGAACACGGAGGUGCAAUUCGGCGGCGAGACGCAACCGAAAGGGUGUCGCAUGGCCGUGACAUGUUCUUCCAGGGAGGAUCUAGAUAGGCAGGUCGUCAAGAGCGAGUCGUGCAAAGUACUGGUCCCGGACCUGGAGUUGGAGAUCCCGGCGGCGACGCAGCGCGGGGUCGUGACCACCGUUGAGGGCGUGUUAACCAGAGCCGCCGACGAGCUCGCGGCCCUGCAGCCGCAGCGGCUCGUGGCCGACGUUGAAGUAGGCCGCAAGGUUCAGAGGGUGAUCGAUGCGCUGCGAGACCGCGCGGCCGGCGACUUUGAUGAAUUCCAGCUGAUUGUGGACGACCCGGCGGGCAACUCCUUCGUGCAGCCCCUUUCUCAGCCGGACAGUGCUCUUACAACGACGCACUACGAGCGCACGGACGCCGACGCCAUCGCCCUGGGAUUUCGGCCGGGCGAGUCGAGCACGUCGAAGACCGUGGAGGGUGUCGACGAUAUGCUGGCGAAGCCGUCGGAAGAAAGAGAAGUGAUGACCUUCGGCGUGGACUGCCCCCACUGCAGAGCGCCGGGCGAGGAGCAGAUGUGCGUGGCCAAGAUUCCGUACUUCAAGGAGUGCGUCAUCAUGUCCUUUUCGUGCGCGGCGUGCGGGUAUCGGAAUGCGGAGGUGAAGGGCGGCGGCGCCGUGCCGCUCAAGGGCUGCCGAGCUACAUUAAAGUGCGUCGACGAGGGCGACUUGCUUAGAGAUGUUUUGAAGUCCGAUACCGCGGCGGUGACGAUCCCGGAGCUGGAUUUGGAGCUCGUCCACGGCACGUUGGGCUCGGUCUACACCACUCUGGAAGGCUGCCUCGACAAGAUCGUGGACGCGUUGUUACGGGGCAACCCCUUUGGUGAUAGCGCGGAGACCGAGAACCGCCGGAAGUUCGAGGCCUUCUUGGAUCGAGUAAGGGCGCUGCGCGACGGCAAGGUCUUUCCGUUCACUGUGAUUAUGCAGGAUGCAGUGCAUACAACUUGUCGCGGCGCGCACCCGACUCACUCUUUGAUUUUUGCACAGGCAGGAUCCCCUCGCGAAUAGCUUCAUCGGGCCGCGGCGGGACGCCGCGUCCUUCUCGCCCAUCUCCGAGGCGGGCGAGGCGCCUCCCGACCCCAAUUUGACCGUGGAAGAUUAUGACAGAACCUUCGACGAGGACGAGGAGCUAGGCUUGAACGAUAUUAAUGACGGGACCCUGGACGCGGUCGCGGAGGAGGGUUCCGACGAUGAUCUGCCGGCUGUGGAUGGCCUUGAGGUAGGUCCGAAGCGCGUCGUCGGCGUCGCCGAUCACGUCCGGCCAGCUCCACGAACGACGGUCGACCACCCGAACCCGGAGUUCGCGCGGGGCUGCGACGACGCGCUGCCGGCGGGGAGUGGGUUCCGGGUGCGGGGGCCUCGUAAUUCAUAA